CGUGCGAGGGUUUGUAAGGGGCGUGACCCGCUGGUGUCAGAGCCGGGGAGCUUCUCCUGCCUGUACAUAGCUGUGGUGUGUGGUGGUCAGCCUGCGCCCUAACAUUCAGGGGUCCUGCCUGUGCUCCCCUCUACUCCUCUCUUGUGUCACACACACUACUUCCUGUGAGCCUGGGGAACUCGCAGCCCAAAUCCUACACCCAGCAGCAGCACAGCAGCAGCAGCAGCAGCAUGUACCCCAGCAGCAGCAAGAAGAAAAAGAUAUGGAGAGAAGAGAAAGAUCGUCUUCUGAGUAUGUCGCAGGCUGAGAGGCGCAAAGAGCUGUGCAAGGAAUACAUACCUCUGGACAACAUUCCCUCACUACUGGAAGAGCUGCAGAAACCAGCGGGUGGCGAUGACAAACGAGAAAUUAGCAGCUUGUGUGACAAAGUGUCACUUUACAAAGGGGACAUCACCCAGCUGGAAGUUGACGCCAUUGUGAAUGCGGCAAACUCAAGUCUUCUUGGCGGUGGGGGAGUGGACGGCUGUAUACACAGAGCCUCGGGGACUUUUCUGAAUGCCGAAUGUCGCACACUUGGAGGUUGUCCCACUGGUCAAGCAAGAAUCACUUGUGGGUAUGAUCUGCCAGCAAAAUAUGUUAUUCACACUGUUGGUCCUAUAGCAAGAGGACAAUUAAGCGGCCUUCACAAAGAGGACCUUGCAAACUGCUACAAGUCUUCUCUCGCUCUGGUAAAAGAUAACAACAUCAGAUCAAUAGCUUUUCCCUGCAUUUCUACAGGAAUUUAUGGAUUUCCAAACGAGCCAGCAGCUAUCAUAGCUAUCACCACUGCCAAAGAAUGGUUGAAGAAUAAUCGGGAAGAGAUAGAUCGCAUAAUCUUCUGUGUGUUUCUGGAAGUUGACUAUAAAAUAUACAGAAAGAAAUUGGCUGAGUUUUUCCUAAAAGAUGCAGAUGAAGACACUGAAGAUAAUAAGAAAGAGGAGAGGCCCCAACUCAGCAAGAAGAUCACUGAGGAUGUCAAAGCAACAGAUAAAAAUGCACAAUCACCUCCAACAAAGAAAUGUAAAGCCAAAAAGACUGAUAUACAGGACAAACCAGAUGAUGCUGAAGAAGACAAGAAAGAACUUCCUCCAGAUGCAGAAAAUGCUGGAGACCUCAAGGAGACUACUACUGACUCAGGCACACAGGAAAUGAAGGAGACCAGUCCAGGUUCAGAUGAUGAAUCUUGUGCAGAGACAGAUAAUGCGCAAGAAUUUAAAGCAGAAAUCACCGGCCGCAAUGUAGAGUCAGAACAACCUGAGGGCUCAUUACCUACUACCGUAGAUGUGGAGAUGGCAGAAACAUCUCAAGACCAAGAAGUUUCUAUGGAUAAAGAAAGUAGCAAUGAAGAUGAAAUGAACACAGAACUUCAAGUUCAGUGUGGAGAUAUUUCUAAAACGACGCUCUCUACCCACCUAGAAGAUGAACAAAAUGAACGAAACCAUGAAGAUCAAGGAACCAUUCCAGUUACUGAUACAUGCACUCAACCAGAGACUGAAGGCCCUGGAGAUGUUCAUAUGCUUAGCCAGAACAUAGACAGACCCUAUGAUGAUGGGGGAGAGAAUACUGGUACACAAGAGAAAUAAGAAGAUAAAGGAGAGCAACAAAGCGAGAUGACAGAUGAGACUUCCAAUAGUAGAAGACAAGACUUUGCUAGAUUGUUACUUUCAGGGCUAAUGGUUAUAUGAUAGGGAUAUUACUUGAUAAUUUAUCUUCUAAUUCUCAUUUAAACAAUAUAAAUUUGAUGCAUUAUUUUCCUUUUGCUCUUGCUUUUAGGUUUAGGUCCUCUUAUUCUUGGUAAAAUUACAUCCAAGUUAAAACUUAUCUUCUGGGUGAUGAUCCUUUAUAAAUUUAAAGUUGAUGUUAAUCAUCUGCCUACUUUCAGCUUUAUUUCAAUUUUUUUUUCUAAUUCGCUCAGUGAGUUGGCUUGGCCACAUGUCAUUCAAUGUUGACUGAUACAAUAAUUAGUAGAGGCAUCCUAUGACACAUCUUAUGCCUCAGUGGAUAAGCCUCAUGGGUUUCCUAACGUGAUUUUUACUUCUUUCUAAGUUACAAUCUGCUAAUACAUGA